GGGGGUGCCUGUCUGCACGCAAGGCUGCAUCUGUAUAAAUGUGGGGAUGUGUGUUCUGGUCUGCCUGGGGGGAGGCAUGUGUGUGAAUUGAAAUGUGCUCUGUGUGUGUGCAUGUGCGCCCUGGGGAUGUGUGUGUCCAUGCACUAGUGUGUGCAUGUAGUCAUGUGUGUCUGUGUGUGUGUGGUUGUGUGCAUGGGGAUCUGCAUGGGUGUGUGAAUAAGUGUAUAUCGGUGCAGGAGGGUGCAUGGAUGUGAAUGCAUGUACGUGGAGGGGGAUAUGUGUGUGUAUGCAUGUGUGCCUGGGGAUGUGUGUGCAAGCAAAUGUGUGUGUUCAUGCAUAUGUAUAUGCAGACAGGGAUGUGUGUGCACAUGUAUGGAGAGGGGGUGUAUAUGUGUGUGCAUGCAUGAAGACGUGUGUGUGCGGAAAUGCAUGAGUGUGUAUGCCUGGGCUCAGGGAUGUGCGCGCAUCUGUGUGUGCACACAUUGGGGUGUGUUUAUGUAUUUGUGUGUGUGUAUGGGGAUAUGCGUGCAUGUGUGUGCACGCACAUCUCCUGCCCCUUUCCAUUGUGGGCUCAAUCGCAGUUCUCCCCUCUUUGCCCGGGCCUGACCCACUUUCCUCUCCCGCAGGUGGGUGCGGACGGACAGACGGACGGACGGACCGACAGGACAGGACUGGACAGGCCUCUUGGCCACAUGGGGCCACACUGCAGCCGCUGAGCCACGAGGAGAGCCACAGGGAGCCGCAGCCAUGUACCAGAGCCUGGCCAUGGCGGCCAACCACGGCCCCACGGGGGCUUACGACGGGGCGGCCGGCUUCAUGCACAGCGCUGCCGCCGCCUCGCCCGUCUACGUGCCCAGCCCGCGGGUGCCGCCUGUGUUGCCCGCCCUGCCCUACCUGCAGGGCAGCAGUUCCUCGCAGCCGGGCAGCCCGGGCUCCGGCCCCUCUCUCUGGACUCAACCUGCGCCCGACGGCACUGCCUACAACCCCGGCUCAUCGCACCCGCCGCCCGCCUCUUCCCGCUUCCCUUUCUCCAGCAGCGCCCCGCUGGCCUCCUCUGCCUCUGCUGCUGCUUACAGCAGCCCGCUGAGCCUCUCGGCCGGCACCAGGGAGCAGUACAGCCGGGGCUUUGGCGGCUCCUACGCUGGCCCUUACCCGGCCUACGUGAGCCCCGAGAUGGGCAGCACAUGGACAACGACGCCCUUCGACAGCUCCGGGCUACACAGUCUCCAGAGUCGUGCUGCGCCAGGGGCCACAAGGCACGCCAACAUAGCAGAGUUUUUCGAUGAUUACUCUGAGGGCCGCGAAUGCGUUAACUGCGGAGCCAUGUCCACCCCACUCUGGAGGAGAGACGGCACGGGCCACUACCUCUGCAACGCGUGCGGGCUCUACCACAAGAUGAACGGCAUCAACCGGCCCCUGAUCAAACCCCAGCGGAGGCUGUCAGCCUCACGCCGCGUCGGCCUCUCUUGUGCCAACUGCCACACGACGACCACCACGCUAUGGCGCAGAAACGCAGAGGGCGAACCCGUGUGUAACGCCUGCGGGCUAUACAUGAAGCUCCAUGGGGUCCCCAGGCCGUUAGCAAUGAGAAAAGAGGGGAUUCAAACAAGGAAGCGCAAGCCCAAGAACCUUAACAAAUCCAAGGCACCAGCAGGUCCAUCCAGCAACGAGAGUCUUACCCCCACCACAAGCUCCACCCCCAGCAGCAGCACCACCACCACCACCGAGGAAAUGCGCCCCAUCAAGACAGAACCGGGUCUUUCAUCUCAUUAUGGGCACCCAAGCCCAAUUUCUCAGGCGUUCUCAGUCACUGCUAUGUCUGGCCACGGAUCUUCGAUUCACUCUGCUAUCUCCGCCCUGAAGCUUUCCCCCCAGGGUUACCAAUCAGCCAUCAGCCAGUCUCCCCAGUCCACCUCCAAACAGGACUCCUGGAACAGCCUGGUCUUAGCUGAAAGCCACGGAGACAUCAUAACUGCAUAACCUGUUCCUCUUCCCAUGGACUUCCCAACCGCUUGAAAUACAAAGAAGACGCCCUGCAAUAAUAAAGCAAUAUUGUGGUUUCCCUUUUCUCCCCCCUUCUGUCUCCAGGAGGGUCAUCUGUUAUGAUUGUGGAAGAACAAUUCCUAAUCAAAUUGUAAAGGGAACUUUUCUGAGGUGUGGGAGAGCGAAAUACCCAAUGAACAGAGAAGACUCGGUCUCAGAACAGCAGUGACCUUUUUCCUUGAAACAAACCUUCAUGUAUUAGAUAGUAGCUAUUGCCUCUGGACUGGCUAGAAGCAAAGACAGGACUCAGGUUUUUAUAAAACAUCAGGCUUUGAUGUCUUGGAAGUGAUGGCACAGAGACACUUUCUUCUUCUCACCGCCCAUUCGUUUCCUGACCAGGUCCAUCUGGAAGGAAAUGCCAUCCUCUUGUUAUCACCCAAAGGCACAGACUCAAAGACCUUCUUUGAAAUGGAGCCGGCUCCGGGACUUGUUGCACGGACUUCAUUAGACACGCGUUCAGUGCUUGAGUGGCUUUUCUCCGACGGUCCAGUUGAAAAACGAAAAACUCGGCUCACCCAUCAAGCGACGCAUCCAAAACUUUGGGGUUUUUUUGUGUUACCGAAAGGGUCCGAGAACCUUGUGAUUGUGCUUAUUUAACGGUGCCUGUUUUUAUUUUGUUUGUGUCUGAAUCGUGGGAUCUCCUUUCCAAAAGGCUCUUGCUGAAGCGUGGAGAAGGCCUGUAUGAAAUUAAAACCAGAUAACGGUGCGGCGUGAGUUUUCUGAUGGGGAGAUCAAGAGCCGCGGAGUUUCUGAGACACCCAGAAGGACCUGCUGGACUCUGCCCUCGGAGGCAGCUCUGAGCCUGGCUUGAUGCCUCUCUCGAGCUCAGAAGUGCUGUGAUGAUAUCCAUAACUCUGAGGCUGUACUGCGAUUGCGUACGACCCUGUGACCUGUCACAGUUAAUUUAAUUUCUUUGGACCAUGUUUUCUGUCGCUGUCGACAAACCCAAUUUUCUUUCUGCCAAGCUGCAGCCAGGACCUGCCUCGUGCCCCAAAAGCAGACCCCCUGGCUGCUCUGCUAGGCCCAGCCUUAUAAAAGCCCUUAUUCUUGCAGGCAACAAAUUGUCAUCUUCUGUGUCCCCAGCAGCUCUUUAAGGGGUACAGGCAGGCACACUCCCGCAAGCAUUUGAAUGCAGCUGUGAUGUCCCCAGGACAAAGUUAAUUCUGUUUUCUUUUUAAAAUACUAAACAAGAGGCUGGUGUUUCUCUUGCCCUGCAGACCUGAAUAGUGCCCGCUCCAAUGCUUCCCUAUUAAAGGCCCAUCUUCUGCAGCUCGGCAGGGGGGUUUCAGGGAGCCUGUCAGUCAGCGAAGCAAAUUCCUCAGUCCCUUUUCCUCCCCAUCCGUUCCUAGGUUCCCAUCUCUUAUCUUGUCUGCCCAGCUCUGCUACCUCUCCAGCACAUUUAAAAUUCACCUCCCUAAAACAUUUAAAUAUAUGGGGGGAAAGGGGUUGUGUCACUCAGACCCCUGUGCAGAGGGGUCCAAAGUAUAUAGCUUUCUUCUCACACCCCUAGUUCCCUAUAACACCCCAAAAGGCCCCCUAUAAGUCGAAGGUGGGUUGAAGGGGGCACGGACAGGGGCCAGGUCGAAGCCCUCUUUGCUAAAGCUGCCUUGUGGGAUGGGGAGAUCGUAACGGAGCUGCACUGACAGGCACUGGGGAGAGGUGUAGCAGCCAUGGACCCUUCUUGAUCCCCUGGGAUCUGGGCAGAUCCUUAAGGAUCCACAGGGCUUCAGGAUGGGGCCACUCCACGGACAAGUGAUGAUAGUACCCUUGCUGGUCUGAGCAUGGCAGGAGAUACUGUGAUGUACUUCUUAGGAGGACUUCUUGUGGGAGGGGAUGUGAUUCUGGCAAUGGCAAGGAGCAAUCCUUCCUGGGCCCGUGGGGAUGGAGAGCUUCCAUGACCCGGUCGAUGUUUCCAUCGCUAGCAUCUGAGAUUCCCACAGACUCUCCAUCUCCAUCACUGCCCCGGUUCUGUCUUGCAAAGUUCAGUGCAACGUCCUCAUCAAGGGUUAGAGCGAGGGGCAGCAAAUGGGACAUUGAAAAGCUUUGCAGAUGAUACAGAAUUGGUGGUUGUGAGCCAGUGGGGGGCUGGAAAGGGACAUCACACCGAGGAAUCCAGAAAUUGGGAGAUCUUGGGGCGCUGCCCGAGAUACAAAACCGGGGGACUAAACUACAGGAGCCUUUCCUUCAGUCCGUUAGCAGAAUAACACCCCUUCCUUCCAUUCAGGGCGCUCAAGCAAUGCUCAGAAAGACAAAAUGAGGAUUUAUUAUUUGCAUUGCUCAGUUGGGGCCCUCUUACAUUAAGUCCUGCAUGGAGACAGGGUAAAAACCAUUCCCCCCUAACAAGCAUAAUCCUGCAACCUCUCCUGUAUAAAUCGACUCCUGUGAGUACCCCCAAAAAGCAAAGGGGGUUACUCCCAUGUGCAGUUUCGAGACCAGGUCCCAAUAAAAUCAGACCUCUGUUGUGGGCCAUACAGGGGCACGGAGGGAAGUCUGGCGGAGAAUGGGGGGUUAGAAAGGUCAUUAACCAAUUCUGAUUGUUUUUCCUCUUUGUGACAGUGCAAUAUCUUUAAUCGCCGCUACAUUUGUUUUCCUGGUGAUCAGAAAAGAUCUGUAUUUAGACAGCAAUCUCACUGGCUGAUUCGAAACUCUGAUCAGGAGGAGUUAAAGGCAUUUUGACGGGCGCUUUAAUGCUGAUCAACAAUCCUUAAUAGAGCCCUGAAGCUGUGACUGCGUUGUGGGGGUUUUGUUCUGUUUUGCUUUUUUGUUGUUGUCCUUCUAUAAAGUUUGCAGCUUCCCAAACUCAUUGGGAAGGUCCCAUGGAAAGAGAGGUGCAUUUGUUGCGGGGGGGGGAACCCAAACUGAACAAGCUGUAAUUAUUUAAAGAUGUAAAAAAAACUAUAUUAUAAUAUGAUGUAGUAUGGCUACCAAUCCACAUAAUUUCUACACCUUUAGGACUAAUGGAAAUACAACAAUGGUAAUAAAAAUAAUCAAGUUUC